AUGCUUCGUCUUGACGGCGCCAAUUUCCACGGAUCUCUUCCUCUCUGGCAAGCCACCAGUUUGCCGGCAAGCCUAGGCCCCAACUCACGCAUAUCCGCCGAUGGCUGUCAGACCAAGGGGCUCCAUACUUCUGGAGCUAUGGUCCUUACUUCUUCAGCAUCACAACAACAUUUUAAAGUAUCACAUUCACGGGCGCCGACUGCGCCAUGGACCACAGACACGUCAGCGUCUACUCUGGCUUCUGAUAUUGCUACCAGUGGUCAGACAGACAUUCUAAUCGUCUCGUUUCUGCCCAGCCAGUUGGUUUACUCCCUCCGACCGGUCUGCUUGUCCAGUAAUUUGUCGUUGUUGGCGCCUCUCGCAUUUUAUUGUCCGCUGUGCUUUUCGGUAGCGGGCUCACCUCCUAGCUUUUCCUGCUGCCGAGAGCACAAGGCCUCCAGAGGCAUUGCGAUUAUGCCCUCAGCUCAGCUCAGUCAUCAGAUGAUGCGGUUCCCGGAAGCAACCUUGCGGAUAGAAUGGCAAGACAAGGUGGGCGUUCCGCAAGCUUCUUCUUCCUCAUGGCUUCUUCAGCUACAGAGUGAAGCGACCGUUCGUCUUUUCAUCGGUCUUAUCAGUGAGAAACAUCAGGUUGCCUUGCUGGCUGAUGACCUCUCUCUCGAAUUUCGCCUCAGCCCAUGUCCUGUCAGCACAACAGGCGAACAAGUGGCCGGUGGUGACAAGGAUGAUAUGCAGGUCCCACUCUUGGCCGAUGAGGAUCAAAGUUCGGUGUUGCUCAACUGCACAAGCCGCCUCGUCUGUAACCGAUUGAUAUUCCGCUGUGAAAAUCAAGAUAUUGGCAUGUUUCAGAGGCUUAUCAUCACGGCUAUUCCAUCCACUCCACGCUAUAGAGAACCUACAGCUGAAAAGCUCGGUCUAAUCGCCAAAACUAAUUGUGCUAUGUAA